CCCUUUGGAAAGGGGGAAGAAGAGAAAGUUCGGCCUAAUCAGGGGGAUCUCAGGGCACCUUGAAGGCAGUCUUGACACCCCCAGCUUUGCCAAGUGACAAGAGAAACUUGUCUGAGGCUCUCUCCUGAGAGCUGCUGGAAACAUCAGCUCUGAAGAAGUGCGAGGCAGUGAGGUGUGGGAAGAGGCCUGCAUCCAGAGAGACUUGGGCCUGGGUUUGAAUCCCAGCCUUGCUGGGCUAAGUGAUCUCUAAGUUUAGGAUCGCCCUCCCAUUCUCUCAGUCUCUCUCUAGCCAAAGCUUUCCUCCUAUGGACCCUGGAGUUGGGGGCAGCAGCAAAUUUUUAACCAGAACUAUUGAUUAUUAACAGGAGGAGAAAACUCAGGCUUGACUCCAGGGCAAGGGCAGAAAACAGCUAAAUCAGACUCUAGGGAUAUGCUGGCACCCCAAGUCUGGUCCUCUGUGAGGCUGGGGGCAAAGGGGCCCGGCAGAUGCCUGGUACGGAGUCUGACGGGGUGGUCCUCCAGAGAGGGGAGGAAGGUGGACAUUGCCGGCAUCUACCCUCCAGUGACCACCCCAUUCACAGCCACAGCAGAGGUGGAUUAUGAGAAGCUGGAAGAGAAUCUAUACAAACUUGGCACCAUCCCCUUCAGAGGCUUUGUGGUGCAGGGCUCCACCGGCGAGUUCCCCUACCUGACCAGCAGUGAGCGGCUGCAGGUGGUGAGCCGAGUUCGACAGUUCAUGCCCAAGGACAAGCUCUUAUUAGCUGGCUCAGGAUGCGAGUCCACUCAAGCCACCGUGGAGAUGACGGUCAGCAUGGCCCAGGUUGGAGCUGACGCUGCCCUAGUGGUGACACCAUGCUACUAUCAAGGCAGGAUGACAAGCACAGCCCUGAUUCACCACUACACCAAGGUGGCUGAUCUGUCCCCAAUCCCAGUGGUGCUGUAUAAUGUUCCAGCCAACACAGCCUUAGACCUUCCUCUGGAUGCUGUGGUCACCUUAUCCCAGCACCCAAACAUCGUGGGCAUUAAGGAGAGUGGAGGAGAUGUGACCCGAGUGGGCUUGAUCGUUCACAAAACCAAGAAGCAGGAUUUUCAGGUGUUGGCAGGAUCUGCUGGCUUCCUGUUGGCCAGUUAUGGCAUAGGAGCUGUUGGGGGCAUUUGUGCUUUGGCCAAUGUCCUGGGAGCACAGUUGUGCCAGCUGGAGCGACUCUGCCUCACCGGGCAAUGGGAAGAUGCCCAGGCCUUGCAACAUCGUCUCAUUGAACCCAAUACUGCGGUGACCCGACGCUUUGGGAUCCCGGGGCUGAAGAAAACCAUGGACUGGUUUGGUUACUAUGGAGGUCCUUGUCGUGCCCCACUGAUUGAACUGAGCCCUGAUGAAGAAGAGAAGCUACGCUUGGAUUUCACUACCAAUGGCUGGCUAUGAAGAGCUAAGAGCAAGGCCACCCCCCACCCCACCUUCCUAUACCCAUAGCCUUUAGGAUACAGUGGAGGUGAGGGGGACACAUGGUAUCUUUACCUUUUGUCUAUUCCCAUUCUUUCCCAUACCCCAGUCCCUAAGGAUGUGACUCAACCUUUCUCAACGUUUUCCCAUCUGUGAAAUGGGGACAAAAUCACCUGCCUCAUAGGGUUGUUGGGAGGAUCAAAAAAUAGUUAUGAAGCAGCUUCACAAACCUUAAAACACCAUAUAAAUAAAUCACUAACAGUUCUUC